CCGUGAGACUUCUUCAACAAAAAAGAAAAAAAAAAAAAAAAAAAAGGAAGCAGCUUUGGUUUGCUGCAGAUCGGGGUUAGGUAGGGAGAAGUAAGCAAAGCUGGAGGAAAAAACGGCGAGAAGUUUGUGAUUGCUUAGACAAACAACACGGAAUCUGAGAGAGGAGAAGAGAAAAUAUCAGUUUCGUGGCUGAAAGCAAAAGGAGAGAGUUAUCAAAAAAAAAAAAGCAAAAGGAGAGAGAGAUUAAAUAUCCAACAGUGUCUGAAUGAUUUUCUGUAAUGAAUACGGACGUAACCGUCCGUUGGUGUCCUGAAAAAAAAAAGAAGCUAAAAGUUUUUUGCUUUUUAUAUAUUUUUUCUUUCUCCUCUCUCUGUGUUUCUUUCAUGAGGGUUAAGCCUAGUGUUUAGCGCGUGAAGGGCUUCUUUUUUUUCCUCUGCUUCUUCUUCUUCUUCUUCUUCUUCUUGUAUCUUCAUCUAGGUUCUUCAAUGGGGAAAGUAGAUGGAGAUGAUUCCAGAAGUUCUUUCCCAAGUUGUUAUCAGGAUCAGCUGUACACAGAGCUAUGGAAAGCUUGUGCAGGUCCAUUAGUGGAGGUUCCUCUUGUUGGAGAGAGAGUUUUCUACUUCCCUCAGGGUCACAUGGAACAACUUGUGGCCUCAACUAAUCAAGGAAUUGAAUCAGAGAAAAUACCUGAUUUUAAACUUCCUCCCAAGAUACUCUGCCAAGUUCUUAGUGUGAUGCUAAAGGCAGAGCAUGAAACAGAUGAAGUCUACGCUCAGAUCACAUUAAAACCAGAGGAAGAUCAAAGUGAACCAACAAGUUUUGAUCCACCCAUUGUUGAACCUGCAAAGCAAAUGUUCCACUCCUUUGUAAAGAUUCUAACAGCUUCAGACACAAGCACUCAUGGAGGGUUCUCUGUUCUUCGUAAACACGCCACUGAAUGCUUGCCUGCCUUGGACAUGACACAAGCUACUCCUACUCAAGAACUUGUGACUAGAGAUCUUCAUGGGUUUGAAUGGAGGUUUAAGCAUAUUUUCAGAGGACAACCUAGGAGGCAUUUGCUUACUACAGGUUGGAGUACAUUUGUUUCCUCAAAAAGACUUGUAGCUGGAGAUGCUUUUGUAUUCUUGAGGGGUGAGAAUGGGGAUUUGAGAGUUGGAGUGAGGCGUUUAGCUAGGCAUCAGAACACGAUGCCUGCUUCGGUUAUUUCGAGUCAGAGCAUGCAUUUGGGAGUCCUUGCUACAGCUUCUCAUGCUGUAAACACCCAAACACUGUUUCUUGUUUUGUACAAGCCUAGGAUAAGCCAAUUCAUAGUAGGAGUGAACAAGUAUAUGGAGGCCAUGAAGCAUGGUUUCUCUCUUGGUACUAGAUUCAGAAUGAGAUUUGAAGGAGAAGAGUCUCCUGAGAGAAUAUUUACCGGUACUAUUGUGGGAGUUGGAGAUCUAUCUUCACAAUGGCCAGCUUCUACAUGGAGAUCAUUACAGGUCCAAUGGGAUGAGCCAACAACAGUUCAGAGACCAGACAAAGUCUCACCAUGGGAGAUUGAGCCUUUCUUGCCAUCUUCCCCAGUUUCAACACCUGCUCAACAAUCACAACCCAAAAGCAAAAGGUCAAAACCCAUUGAAUCAUCAAGUUUGAGCCCAGGUCAAGCUAGUUUCUUAGGCGUCCAAGCUGAGCCUCCUCCUCCUCCUCCUCCUGCGAGUAGUUGCUAUAGGUUGUUUGGAUUUGAUCUUACAAGCAAUCCUCCAGCUCCAAUACCUCCAGACAAGCAACCGAUGGAUGCUUGUGAAGCUGCCAAGUGUCAAGACCCCAUCACUCCAAGCUCAGUUAAUGAGCCAAAGAAGCAACAAACAUCAAGGACUCGAACCAAAGUGCAAAUGCAAGGGAUAGCCGUUGGUCGUGCGGUAGAUUUAACGCUGUUGAAAUCAUAUGAUGAACUGAUUAAGGAGCUUGAGGAGAUGUUUGAGAUACAAGGACAGCUUCUUCCUCGAGACAAAUGGAUCGUUGUUUUCACUGAUGAUGAAGGUGACAUGAUGCUUGCUGGGGAUGAUCCAUGGAAUGAGUUUUGCAAGAUGGCGAAGAAGAUAUUUAUAUAUUCAAGCGAUGAGGUUAAGAAAAUGACGAGGAGAAUGAAGAGUUAUUCUUCGUUAGAGAAUGAAGUAAGCAUGGAUUAAUAAUUUGUCAUUAUGAAGUGAUUAAUCGUCAUUAGUUGUGAGAGUUAGCUGUUGUUAAUUAACGUUACUCGGAGACCUGGUUUUAGUUAACGUUGGUCGCACAAGGUUCUGUCGCUAUGGACUCGAGAUUUUCACUCUGUGUAUAUAUAAAGUCUUUCACGGUCUUUGGGCCUUUGGUCAUCA